GUUGCGAGACGUCAACAACUGCGUGUAGUUUGCCGAUCAGAUGUUUGGUGAUGGUGCAGAGGUGGCAAAAGUUUAAAAGUUAUUACAACGCGAAAUCCCGAAUGGACGAAGAACAUAUGCAGCGCUAGCCAAGUGCACCGACCCCAACACCGACGACGCAGGCCCACAUGAUUGCUCGCUUGGGUAGAACACCAGAGCCAUGGAUAUCGGGGAGAAAUUUCGGAGGGUCAAACGGCUUUGCGAUGGCUACCUGUCGCAUGCUCAUUACCACCCGAAACUCGUGCUUAAGAGAUCGAGAAAAAUGUUGUUGCUUGUUAUGAUGGUCCUUGCAUUGGUCCUGUACAUCGGACCUUCCCUGUUUCGAUGGGUGAGGCGAAAGACACCCAUUAUGAUUGAUCCGAGCAUUGGAUGUGUGGCGCUGAACGUUGACCCAUUCCUGCAAGAUGUAGGAGAGUUUGAUGCCAGCUUAUAUCGCAGCUAUGAGAGCUCCACUGACAAGCGACUUCUCUCAUUCGUCGGAAAUGGCAAAAUAGGCUUUUCCAUUGACGACGACAACACUCUGUUUGUUUUCAACAACCGAACCCUGUCCCUUGCCUUGCCAUUUCAUCCUGGUGUUGAGAUCAUGUACCCUCAGGCAUCUCAUCAAGAAGGCAACGUGGUACACUUUGUGAAAGGCACUGUUUUCAGGUACCAGUGUUUCAACAAGAGGAGAAAAACAAUCAGUGUCAGUCACACCUACUAUGCCCAUCGAACAAUACCAUCUCUACUCGUACAAACCAUCAAGAUUGUCAACCCUAUGUCGGAUCCAAUUGCAUUUGGCAUCGAGCAGAAGGGUUCUACUACCGAGAAUCUGCAAGCAAAGCCUCUUGGGAUCAAGGAUCGCUAUGGCCAGGAAAACAUCAUCUGGCAUGGCAAGGUCUCGACAGGCACAAGCAAGGACACCGUCAUUGCCUUUGCACUCGUUACUCCGAAGCUUCCAAACACUGUCACAGUUGAGCCAAAGAGUUCCACAGUCCUCAAGGUGCAAACCCUGGUGGAUUACUCUCUGCCUGUGAAGUCAAAGGACUAUCCAUCUGCAGUCUCGCAGCUUCAGUCUUUUCUCAGAGAGGAAAUGCAGAGGGUUGUAAGCAUUGAAAGCCAUAUUCUGCGCAACAUGCACGUUGACGCAUGGAGCCAGUUGUGGAGCACUGGCUUUGGCAUCAGUCAGUCCAAGGCAUACGGUGCACUAAACGGGGAUGUCAUUAACGGCACCAUCUACUACAUAUUGUCCCACGUGCGCGCCUUGGCCUCCGAGUGGAACACUGGCCCGGCAGAACACCGGGAGCUGCAAGCACUUCUUGCCUAUCCAGAACACUGCUACGGUGGCCAUCACACCCUGCAAGCCUCAACCUUAUGGGCUGACCUGACAAGCCUGUCUUCAGUUACAAAUGCUGUUAACUUGUGGAUGUUGACACUGGAAAAUCAGGGAUGCUCGAAACUUAUUAAAACUGGUGCGGAAGGCGUGCUGCAGGCUGUGGUCUUGAGUCUGGGUGCCUUCCUCUUCAAGGACAGCCACCUAGAGCUCAACAUACAGCCAAAGGACCUGCACCGAGAACUCUUCUUCCGUCGCAUCAGCUACGGCAAUGCCACGCACCUCAAUGUGAGCGUGGUUCUGGGUGAUGACAACAAGGCUCUCCUGCGGGUUUGGCUCGAUCGAAGCGACCGUGACUACUACGCAUGCGAUGGUGGAUGCCUGGACCCGCCAGUGAAACUUGACUUCAAGGCAAAGCAAUUCCCGGUAAAAGUGACGGAGCCUGUAACAGCUGUUCUGUACAUUACCUCGGACCUAGAGCAUAUGAAGGAGCUCAGUCAAACCAUACAUGUCAAGGAGGUGGUCGAAGCACCGGCGCACGAACACCACGUCAUUGCAUUACAUCGGCACGGUCAUCAACUAGGUGGUCUGCCAGCUCUCUUCUGGGUGUCCAUCACUUUUCUAAUUGUGGUCUUUCACCUUUUCCUGGCAAAGCUCAUCUAUAACGAGUACUGUGGCUCCUCACAAGAGAAGACGCGGGGACGUUACGUGGUGUGAUGCAGUGAAAAUAUUUUCGGCAUUUGUGCAAAACAGUGUUUCAAGUUUCGAGUGGGUGAGUGAGCCUUGUGACUGAAAGAACGCUGUGAUGGUGCAGAAUCCAUCGGAGGCGGAUAUGAUGAACGUUUGGGAGCCAAGUUGUAAAGUGCAUCUCCUUCAAGCUUCGUGAACCAGUGCUUUUCAUCUUUGACACUGCCACAAUUCUGGAUGAACCUAAGUGGCCUGUUUUCACCUCCGCAGUGAAGUGUGUACAUAUGUCUAGAUGCUUUGUGUACGGAUGCAGUGAUGAAUCUUCUGGUGCAGAAUUAGAUAGCUGUACCAGAGGUGUUUGUCAUUAUGAUUAUUAUUAUAAUUAAUAUAGCUCAGUUUGAAAGAAUUAGGGGGAUAAACUUGCCAUUUCUUGCUUUUGCUUGUGAUAACGGUCAGUCAUUUGAUCCUUUGUGUUGCGGCUAUUCGGUGUCUAGGCGAACUGAUUUUGUGUGUUGCUUAAGUUCGGGCUUUGGGUGAAGUAGUCUUAGUAAGGUUAAAGAUAUUGUGUGUCUGAUACUCAGACCUCAAAAUUGCAGUUGCAGGUGCAGGAAACAAAUUGAAGGUGCUUAACGUGGAACUUUCAUUUUGUAAAUGCAGGCAACACACGUAUAUAGUGUUCUAUUAAGGUGCGAGAGGCUGCUCUUGAAGUUUGCAUCUGGUAGUGCAAUGUAAUGUACUUUGAAUUUACCGUAUUUAUUGUGCUUACGUGUGGUUCUGGCAAGCGUGACAUGAAUCAUGUUAUGCAAGGUAGACCAUCCUUUUUUUUAUGGGUCCUGUUAGUUUUGUUGUACAUGACCAUUUUUGAAUAUGUGCCGUGUACAAAAACUGUACUAGUAGAGUAUAUAACAUUUCACUUCCACUUCUGCAACUGCUUCAGGCAACUUUGAUACUGUGGCGCAAUAAAGCACAAGUGGCAUUACCUGGUUGUAAAUAAGAUUGGGUUGUCCCUUGUGAGGGUUCAAUAAAUUUACUCAAGACAUGAGUGUCGGCUA